AUGAAAGAAGUAGUUGUUGAUAUAGCUCCUAAAUGCAUUAAAGGUUUGGAGUUUGGAGCUUUAUCUGCAAAGGAUAUAGUAGCUCAGUCCGAAGUUGAGAUUCAAACCAGAGACUUGUAUGAUUUGGAAAAAGGCAGAGUGCCCAAAGAACACGGGGCUCUAGAUACUAAAAUGGGAAUAUCAUCGAAUGCCCAAGAAUGUUCUACCUGUCAUGGUAACUUGGCGUCUUGUCAUGGGCAUUUUGGUCACAUUAGACUAGCAUUGCCGGUGUUUCAUGUGGGUUAUUUUAAGAGUAUCAUUUCUGUUUUGCAGUGCAUUUGUAAAAACUGUGCUGCUGUUUUAUUGGAUGAACAAAGCAAGCGACAAUACUUGAAUGAUUUGCGGAAACCACAUAUUGACAAUUUGAGAAGAAUGAAAAUUAUAAAGAAAAUUAUUGAACAGUGUAAAAAGCAAAGAAGAUGUCUCAAAUGUAAUCAUAUCAAUGGUGUUGUCAAGAAGGCAGCUAGUGGUGCAGGGCCUGCUGCAUUGAAGAUUGUCCACGACACAUUUAGAUGGAUUGGUAAAAAGGAAACCCUUGAAAAGACUAUUUGGGAUGAGGAGUUGGAUCAAGUUUUCAUUAGAAACCCUGAGUUGGAAAAAUUUGCCAAAAGAAUCCACGAUGAUUUGAAUCCAUUGAAAACGUUGAACUUAUUUAAACAGAUCACCCCUCAAGACUGCGAAUUAUUUGGAUUAGAUCCUGCCAAGGGUGGUAGGCCAGAAAUGUAUAUAUGGAGAUAUUUGCCUGCCCCACCAGUUUGUAUCAGACCCUCGGUGAUGAUGGAUGCGCAAUCCAAUGAAGAUGAUUUAACUGUCAAGUUGACAGAAAUAGUGUGGACUUCAUCUAUGAUCAGAGCAGGUAUUGUUAAGGGGAUUUCCAUUAAUAAUUUGAUGGAACAAUGGGAUUAUUUGCAGUUAUCGGUUGCCAUGUAUAUUAACUCGGACUCUGCCAAUCCUGCAUUGCUGACGGGUGGUGGUGGUGCAAAAUCAUCAAAACCAAUUCGUGCCUUUUGUCAAAGAUUGAAAGGUAAGCAGGGUCGUUUUAGAGGUAAUUUGUCAGGUAAGAGAGUGGAUUUUUCAGGAAGAACCGUCAUUUCUCCAGAUCCCAAUUUGAAAAUUGAUGAGGUCGCUGUUCCUGAUAGAGUGGCCAAGGUAUUAACAUAUCCUGAAAAAUGUACUAGAUAUAACAAGAAAAAGUUGCAGAAGUUAAUUGUCAAUGGGCCAGAUAUUCAUCCGGGGGCAAACUAUGUUAUGAAACAGAACGAACCAGGUAAAAGAAACUUGAGAUUUGGUGAUAGAGUAAAGUUAGCAAAAACAUUACAGAUUGGAGACAUUGUUGAGCGUCAUAUAGAAGAUGGGGACGUUGUUUUGUUCAACAGACAGCCUUCGUUGCAUAGAUUGUCAAUUUUAUCACAUUAUGCCAAGAUCAGGCCAUGGCGAACUUUCCGUUUGAACGAAUGUGUUUGUACACCGUAUAAUGCUGAUUUUGAUGGUGAUGAAAUGAAUUUGCAUGUUCCUCAAACGGAGGAGGCAAGGGCGGAGGCUAUUAAUUUGAUGGGUGUGAAGAACAACUUAUUGACUCCAAAAUCCGGAGAACCAAUUAUUGCUGCUACCCAAGAUUUCAUCACUGGGUCUUACUUGAUUUCCCACAAGGACUCAUUUUUUGAUCGUGCUACAUUGGUGCAGCUAUUGAGUAUGAUGUCUGAUGCAGAUAUUCAAUUUGAUAUUCCGCCACCAACAAUUUUCAAACCGGUCAUGUUGUGGACUGGUAAGCAAGUAUUUUCUUUGUUGAUAAAACCAAACAAGAAAUCUAAUGUUGUUAUUAAUUUGGAUGCCAAAAAUAAAACAUUCCAUCCUCCAAAGAAGGGUUUACCUAAUGAAAUGUCGCCAAAUGAUGGAUUUGUUGUUAUUAGAGGAUCUAAAAUAUUGAGUGGUUUGAUGGACAAGUCCACUUUAGGUGAUGGUAAGAAACAUUCAGUGUUUUACACAAUUCUUCGAGAUUAUGGUCCAGAGGAAGCUGCUGCUGCUAUGAACAGAAUGGCCAAGUUGUGUGCAAGGUUUUUGGGGAAUAGGGGGUUUUCUAUUGGUAUCAAUGAUGUCACCCCUGCCGAUGAAUUAAAGCAAAAGAAAGAGUUGAUGGUGGAACAAGCCUAUUUGAAGUGUGAUCAAUUGAUUGAUUUGUAUAAUCGCGGGAAAUUAGAAACUCAACCCGGUUGUAAUGAAGAACAAACAUUGGAAGCAAAGAUUGGGGGGUUAUUGUCGAAGGUCAGAGAAGAGGUGGGGGAUGUUUGUAUCAGAGAGUUGGACUCUUUAAAUGCUCCAUUGAUUAUGGCAACCUGUGGUUCCAAAGGUUCUACAUUAAAUGUGUCGCAAAUGGUGGCUGUUGUUGGUCAACAAAUCAUUUCAGGACACCGUGUUCCCGAUGGGUUCCAAGAUAGAUCAUUACCUCAUUUCACAAAGAAUUCCAAGACUCCACAAUCAAAGGGUUUUGUGCGAAACUCUUUCUUCAGUGGGUUGACUCCGCCGGAAUUUUUGUUCCAUGCUAUUUCUGGUAGAGAAGGUUUAGUUGAUACUGCUGUCAAGACUGCUGAGACUGGUUACAUGUCAAGAAGAUUAAUGAAGUCAUUAGAAGAUUUAUCAUCGCAGUAUGACAACACAGUACGAAACUCGUCUAAUGGUAUUGUUCAAUUCACUUAUGGUGGAGAUGGCUUAGACCCAUAUGAUAUGGAAGGUGACGCCAAACCAGUCAACUUCAAUAGACAAUGGGAUCAUGCUUAUAACUUGACAUACAAUGUCGACGAUGUCAGCUUGUUGCCUUAUCAAAUAGAAGAGUUGGUGGAUUCCAUUUUGGCACCAUUGGAGAAUAAAUUGAUAAGAUAUGAUAAUUUAGGUAAUGCUUUGAAUGAUAAAGAGAAGGAGGAAAAAAUAGAAUAUAUUGAUCAAAACGAUGGUGAAAGAGACUUUUACAAAUCAAUACGUGACUUUAUCACUAAAAAAUCGACCAGAUUGGCUCGACUUAGGGAAGAGAGAGGUUUGAAGGCAUAUUUUACAGCCCCCAACGAGGAUGAAAUUGUUAUGGAUGAGGAUCGUGUAACCUCCAACGCAAUUGAUCAAUUGCUGAAGAUUUCUCUGAAUGCAGUGAAAACAUUUUUGGAACAAUGUCUUUACAAAUACUCUCGUGCCCGAGUUGAACCUGGAACUGCUGUUGGAGCUAUUGGUGCACAAUCUAUUGGUGAGCCAGGUACGCAAAUGACCUUGAAAACUUUCCAUUUUGCUGGUGUGGCAUCUAUGAAUGUUACGUUGGGUGUUCCUCGUAUCAAAGAAAUUAUCAAUGCAUCAAAAGUCAUAUCAACGCCAAUUAUCAAUGCAGUAUUGGUUAACGAUGACGACGAAAUUGCGGCACGUGUUGCCAAAGGGAGAAUUGAAAAGACACUUUUGGAAGAUGUCGCAUUUUAUAUUGAAGAUGUUUACAAGGACAAUCUUGCCUACUUGUCGAUCAAGGUCGAUUUGGAAACAAUCGAUAAGCUUCAAUUAGAGCUUAAUUUAGAAAACAUUGCUGUUGCCAUUGCUAAUGCUCCUAAAUUAAAGAUUUCGCAGAGUGACGUUUCGGUGACUGGUAAGGACAGAAUUAAUGUUUUAGUUAGUAUCAAAGAGACCAAAACAGAGAGUUUGAGAAAUACUGUCGACCCCAAGAAUGCUUUGUUCUUCAGAAUGCAGCACUUGAAGAGAGCUUUGCCUGGUGUUUGUAUUAAAGGGUUGCCCAAUAUUUUCCGUGCUGUUAUCAAUAUAAAAGACGAUGGUAAAAAGGAGUUGUUAGUAGAAGGAUAUGGAUUGAAGGAUGUUAUGAACACCGAAGGUAUAGUAGGAACCAAAACUACCACAAAUCAUGUUUUGGAAGUGAAUCAGAUACUAGGAAUCGAGGCUGCCAGAGGAUCUAUUAUUAAGGAAAUUGAUUAUACAAUGAGUAACCACGGUAUGAGUGUUGAUCCUCGUCAUAUUCAAUUAUUGGGUGAUGUUAUGACUUAUAAAGGUGAAGUGUUGGGUAUUACUAGAUUUGGUUUGAGUAAAAUGAGAGAUUCGGUUUUACAAUUGGCUUCGUUUGAGAAAACAACGGAUCAUUUGUUUGAUGCUGCAUUUUUUAUGAAGAACGAUAAAAUUGAAGGUGUUUCUGAAUGUAUUAUUUUGGGACAAACAAUGCUGAUUGGAACUGGUUCAUUUAAAUUGGUUAAAUCUAGUAAUUACGAAAAGAAAGUAUUAAAGAAAAAACCAACAUUAUUCGAAUCAUGUUGUGAAGUAGCAGCUAGUGCUUAA